AUGCUCUCAGAGAAGUUCACCAAAUCGGACGGCGGCCCCAUCGAGCUGCAGAACGAGCGGAAGCAGUUUCUGCUCAGCUCCGCCGAGGAGCUGUACGCCGACGUCAGAGAUAAGAAUUUUAACGCGGUGGGCCCAGCACUGAGCAAAAAGGCGAAGCAGAUAUCGGCCCAGUAUGAAGAACGGCACUCCCAGUCGGUCAGCGAGAUGAAAAACUUCGUCAAGAACGUUUUGCCAUCCAUUAAAUCCGCCAAGGAGUCCCUCGCCCUCCACACCUCGAUCGCCGAGCUAAUCAAGGAGCGGACGGACAGCGAGGCGUUUCUCGAGUCGCUGCAGGCUGAGCAGGAGAUGAUGAAUGGUAUCGACACCGAACGGCCGCAGCCGCACAUCGAGGAACUGAUCGCGAGGAAGGCCGACCUCACCAAGCGUCUGCUCGACCAGUACCGCCGCGACCUGCUGCUGACGUAUGGCUUCCAGCACGCGGCCACGCUGGACCAGCUGGAGCGGGCCGGCCUGUUGCGCGCGCAGGGGCGCGGCUCUUACGCCGCACUGCGCCGCGCGUUCCGCCUCACCGUUGACGACGUCAACGAGCAGGCGCCCACCGACAUCUCGUACACGUUCAGCGGUGCGACCUGA